AAAAAUAGGGGAGGGAAAAAAAAGUUAAUUCACGCUGUGAUUAGUUGUGGCCUCCGACAAAUAAUCAGCCACCGGUUCACUAAAUCGCACAUCACAACCGCCCAAACCCCUCAAAUCCAAUCUUACUCAUCUGCCGCCGUCCAUCUCUCUCUCUCUCUCUAUUUUCUGUUUCGAAUUUUUGGGUCUCUCUGUCUCUCUCUCUGACUCUCUCUCACAUCAGCAACAUCACGAAAAUCAAGAAACCUUAAUGAAGGCGAGCAGAUACAAAACCAACGACUAUGAAAAAUAGAAUCUAGCUAGGGCAAAUCUCUCUCUCUCUCUCUCUCCCUCCCUCUUCUUCCUCUUUGAUUUUCUUUCCCUCCAAACACCGUUUUCCCUCGUUUUUUUCUUUCUCAUUUUCCGGGGAAGCGAGGGAAAUUCUUUCAAGGCCUUUGUUUUGUUGUUUUAGGUGGUAGGUCGCCUUCUCCUUUUCCCGGGAAAAGAAAUUCACCUCCAUUUUCAGCUCUCGACGACGAGGACGAAAGGACCUCCUCCUCUGCUCCUUGGUUUCCAAGCUCUUUCACGUUCAGAAGAAAUAACGUGCCUCGUCGAUUACUUUUGUGAAGAAGAAAAAAAAACGUUAUUUUUAAUCUUUUACACCUUGAAAUACAGCAAUACUUUUCCCGGGAAAGCUGUCUCUCUCUCUUCAAUAUAUCGGUCAAAGCAAGCAGAGCCUUUGGAAUUCUUCGUUUUCUUAGGGUUUCAUAUUGUUUUGUUUAGGAGUAUUGCGUGCGAUUUUGUUGUUCGAGAGGAUCAGUUGAUGGUGGUUGGAAUGAAGGAGAGGGAGGAAUUGUUGUUGGAGGAUUAAUAUUCAAGGGGGAGGAUUUGAGAGCUCAAAGAUUAGAUUUUUUUUUUUAUCUUCUUAUAGUCCGAUCAAAUUGUUGGAUUUGGGAUUUCUUUAAGUUUGAAUGCGAAUUGGUUUAUGGAUUCGGAAGCAUUUCCAUCUUCGAGAGAUUUGGUCAAAUGCUGUAAUUGCGGGUGUAGCUGUUCAUUGAUCAGUAGUUCUUCGGAGACUUGGCUUCGGUCUGUAAAACGGAAGUAUGAUGAGUUUGAGGAGGUUAACCGGUUCUCUGUACCGGGUUUCAAUUUCUUCUCAAAUGCUCGAGUCCAAAUUGAGAAUGAAUGUGCUGCACUGCGUGAGAUGGUUAGUAGCCAACAGCAAUCAAUGCAGGAUUUGUAUACUGAAUUGGAGGAGGAAAGAAGUGCUGCAUCGUCAGCCGCCAAUGAGGCCAUGUCAAUGAUAUUGAGGUUGCAGAGGGAGAAGGCGGAGAUUCAAAUGGAGGCCAGGCAAUUCAAGCGCUUUGCAGAGGAGAAGAUGGCACAUGACCAACAGGAGCUUUUGGCAUUGGAAGAUUUGUUGUAUAAGAGAGAGCAAGCCCUUCAGUCGCUUAAUUGUGAGAUACAGGCUUAUAAGCAUAGGAUGAUGAGUUAUGGGCUCACAGAGGCCGAGGCGGAGGGUUAUGAGGGUGGGUUUAGCCAUAACCCAAGCAUGGUGGAGUAUGAUGCCCAAUUUGAGCUUCCCAUGUAUGACUACCCACCUUUGAAAUGCAAUCCAAACGAGACCCAAGGUGCCCUGGAGGAUGAUAAUGAUGUUGAAGAUGUUGAGAAAUAUGCAUUUGGUGAGACCCCUCUUGCUAGAGACCAUUUGAAGAAUUUAGAAAAUAGGAUCUACCAGAUGGAAAGAAGUCCAAGCAACAGUCAGCUGGAUGGGAAUAUUUCAGGUUCGAAGAACAGUCUAGAAAAGGGGGUAGUUGGUAACUCUCCUAGGCGGUCAAGACACCCCAGGAGGUUUUCCAAUGAUUCAAGUCCAUUCACGGGGGUGGUCAAAGAAACUGGUCCAGAUUUUUCCACGGAACCUCCAAGGCCCAUUAGCAGUUUCAAAAAGACGGAGUAUGUCUCACAGACUGAGGACUACUUGAAUUUGAGAAAGUUGGAUAAUGCAUCUGACAUUGCAGAUGACAUGAGUGACAGAGUUUAUACCAUUGACUCUGUCCAUAAUGGAGUACCAAAUAAUGGUUUUAUUGAUCCCACUCCGGUGUCACUUAAUCAGACUGAUUAUGCGGAUCCAGACAUUAAGAAGCUCUACAUGAGGCUUCAGGCACUUGAGGCAGACAGAGAAUCAAUGAGGCAGGCACUUAUUUCGAUGCGUACAGAUAAAGCUCAAAUGGUAUUACUGAAAGAAAUAGCUCAACAUUUGUGUAAGGACAUAUCACCAGAAAGACAAGUGACUGUGAAGAAGCCAUCUCUUCUUGGAAGCUUUUCAUUCUUGUCAGUUUUUAAGUGGGUUGCUUCAUUUGUUUUCUGGAAGAAAAAAGCUCGCCGAAGCAAGUACAUGUGCGGGCUGUCAGCCAGCAGCGUGGGUUUGCUAAUGCUUCUAGACAAGGACCCCCGCGUGAGGCCAUGGAGAUGUCUUACAAGCACGCAGGUGUAAACAAGUUCUCAAACUUCCAUAUCCAAUGAGAGUUUAUUCUCAUGUUUGUGAACAGCAAGUGGAUUCUGAUCACACUAAUACGCCUAGAUGUUGCAUUCUUUUCUUGGAUUCGUGGUUGCUGCAAAAUUGGUUGAAUUGUGGGGUGUUCUUUUAUAUGAUUUUUCUUGUGAUAGAAUUUAAUUUGCUGCUUGAUUGGUGAAACAUGGAUUUGUUACUCCUAUAGUCGGAAUUAAGCACGAGGUACAUGUCUUUUUGACAGUCCUCUCCUGUACAUUACGGCUUCCUGUAUGGUUUCCCUUAGAAAUAUGCAGCAUACAUUCUUUUUGCAUUAAAACACAUAAUCUACUAUUCAGGCAUGUUUCAAUACAAGAGUUGUUUUUAUUUGGCUGA